UCAUAUUCUGCAUUUUUUUCAGGCAUCCUGUUUGGCAAUGAUAGUGCCGGGGCACGAACCUUUGUACGCUAUAACAAAUAUAUCACAUAUGAACCUAUACCUGAGCCCACCUUUGACUACAACCACAAUAAUGGAAAUGAUUCAGAAGUUGGAUCAAUCUCCAUCAAUAAGACCAAAGUGCCAGCGAGAUCCAUCUCAGAAGAUGCUGAAAGAUACCUGGCUAGUCGAUGGCUGACUCUUUUGGUUCCUUCAGUUUACACGUUUGUGGUUCUGACAAGCCUCCCUCUGAACAUUGUGGCAAUUCUUGUGUUCCUGAUAAAAAUUAAAAUGAAAAAGCCAGCAGUGGUGUAUAUGCUGAAUCUGGCCUCUGCAGAUGUCCUAUUUGUAAGUGUGCUUCCCUUUAGGAUUGUCUACCACUUUUCUGGAAACAACUGGGUGUUUGGACCAGAAAUAUGCCGUUUUGUUACUGCUGCCUUCUACUGUAACAUGUACUGUUCAAUAUUGCUGAUGACUGUUAUAAGCAUAGAUCGUUUCUGCGCUGUAGUGUAUCCCAUGGAGUCUCUCACAUGGCGUACGUUAACACGUGCCUGGAUAAUCUGUUUUGCCAUAUGGGUUAUAGCAGUAGUUGGUGUUGUACCCCUUCUCAUCACACAGCAAACUAUGGAAGUCUCUACCUUAAAUAUUACAACUUGCCAUGAUGUGUUGGACGAACGUCAACUUAAAGGCUUCUAUUCUAUAUUCUUCCUCAUUUUCUCUUCCAUUUUCUUUUUUGUGCCAUUAAUAAUUACCACCAUCUGUUAUGUAUCUAUCAUCUGGUGCCUUAGUUCUUCUGACAUCAUUGCAAAGCAAAGUAAGAAAAUGCGAGCCUUACUUCUGUCUGCAGCUGUUUUCUGCAUUUUUAUUGUUUGUUUUGGACCAACAAAUGUCCUUUUAUUAAUCCAUUAUGCAUAUUUUUCUUAUGACAUCAGUUUAGAAUCUAUCUAUUUUGCCUAUCUCCUCUGUGCUUGUAUUAGCAGUAUCAGUUGUUGCAUUGAUCCUUUAAUUUACUAUUAUGCUUCUUCUGAGUGUCAGAAACAGCUUGGUAACCUUCUGUGCUGUAAACAGACUUCUGAACCUAGCAGCAGUAGCAGUAAUGGGCAGUUAAUGACUAAGACCAGUAGAAGUAAUACCUGCUCCAGUACUAUGAAUAAUAGUGUUUACAGAAAACUGCUAACCUAAAGUUUUAAAAAUAAAUAUAUGUAUUUAAGGUUGCAUUCUGCUUCAGUAAUAAUAUUGAAUGCCUGCUUUUAAACUCAGUGGUCACAUCUACACAAGAUACUGACUUUGCAGUAUCUUGUUACUACUGUGCAGUAGCAUCCCAUGGAAAGAAGUGUGAUGCGACGCUGCUGCUCAGUAGUAAUGAGCUCCUGCACAAUCAGCAUCACCUAAAGGCCAUUUGGUGGUGCUACUGCUCAGUUACUCCAGUUACUGUGCAGUCAUUUAGUACUUGUUUAUACAACUAUUAAAUGCUUGGGCACUAAUGAUUGCACAGUCAGCGUCUCAUGUAGAUGCAGCCAGUUUCAUUCAAAACACAAAGGCAAUGUCUAUACCUAGCCUGCCAACUAACAAACCCAUUCUCCAUCCCACACCAUGUCCUUUGGACCACCUUAAAGCUAUCUUCACUGCCUAACUGCCUAGUUUGGAUGGACUAGGGGAAUGGGAAGGAAAAGCUUGUUUCUUGGUAAUGGUUUUGGGCUCAACAGAGAACAGUGUUAACAUGGCCAUUGUAGAACAGAGUCAUUACAGUAAUUGACAGAUCAACCCAUACUACAGAAAGCAUGUGUAUAUGUAUUGUAUAUAGGUGAACAGAGAGAAAGAAAUAAAGAACUUUGCAAAGGCUUUUGGAGAUUUUCAGGUAAAUUCAGAUCAAUUCUCUUAAGACUUACAGUUCAUUCUGUUGUAGGACCAGUGAAAGAUUUCCUGUCUUAAGAAUUUACCAUCUUAAAUCAUAUAACAUUGUUAAGUAAAAUAUAAUCAGUCCAUCUACCUAUUAUCUCUUCAAAUUAAAACGGUAUUCCAGCUAACCUGUUUUUAAUGUGUCAUUAUUUCUAAUGCCUACAUAAUUAAAGUUUCUGACCAUUAUACUCUACCUUUGAACCCUUAACUUGUAGAUUCCGUAUCUUGGUUAUCCUAUUUUAUAAACUUCUAUAUACAUUUUUGAAUUUGAACAGAUAAAAGCAAGUUGAGGAAAACUCAGCUUUUCUUGUGGCAGAAUUGGUGACAGCCAAAACUAGGUUUAUUUACUUAACAUCAAAUAACUUGGCACAAUAAAGAACUCUUGCUGGGCCUGUGAUUUAAACAAAGCGUUGCCAGCUUGUGGCACAAGUGGCACAGGUAGUCUCUGCGUGGCACACGCCACAUCAGAGAGGGGGCAGACAGCACAGCAGUAGAUAGUGCAGGGAGCAGAAAGCAGAAUGGCAGCUUGGGCACAGAGCACAAUGUAGCGAGCAAAGUGAGAGGAGCAGAUCAGGGAGAGGAGUAGCUGAUAGGGAGCACAAAGCAGAGCAGCAGAUCAGGCAGGAGGUGGGAAAUGGAGUGGCAUUCGGGGAAGGCAUGUGGCUUAAUGUGGCACAUCUGCCUAAAAAGUUGUCACCCCAUUGAUUUAAAACAUGUUUCCUUUACAGCCAAAUUUUGCCAAAGUUCAAUACUGAAAUGUCUUCACAAGAACACAUACUGAAAAAAGCAUUAAUGUUUGUUGCCUAGACUGCAUGCUGUCAGGCGGUUAUUCAGUUAACAGUUAUUUAACAUAUACCAUUACACACCUCACAAAUGUGUUUUUUCUGGCCUAGGGCUCAACACUCAAGAGAUUUAUCCCCUAUCUCCUAUAAUAGCAAUUCUAAUAAAUUAUUUUUUCAAUAUUUUAACUUCUGAGACAGGUCAUUUUUAGUAGAAAUGUUUUUGCUGAACUUUGUGGCUAAAUUCAUCCUAUACAGUAUCAUUUUAUUUUGAAGUGUCAUUGUGUGUUUAUAAUAGGAAAUCUGUUAUGUGAAUGAGAUAUAUAGAUAAAAUGACCUAAUUUGAUUUGUUAUCCAAUAAACUGACAGGGAGAUUACUGUAAUUUUUGUAACAGCAGGCUCUUCAAGAAAGAAGCUUAGUUUGUCAGAUGCAGAGCGAAUAAUAGCUGUUUACAGUCCACCACAGAAGAGACACGGAAACCUCAUCAUCCUGCAACUACCGUGAAAACAGUAAAUGGCCACAGUAUUCAUCAUCCAAAGAGAAUCUUUCAGGGAUUUAUUUUCAUUUUGCUUCUAUUUUAUGACAGUUAAACUUCACUGCUGCAAAUACUGCUUAAGGUACAGACAGAAGUUACAGUGUAUUAGUAGAGAGCAGGGACUUGUUCCACAUGCAUCUUCCUUCUGUAAGCGGAACACUAAAUUGGUUUGUUUUCUUGGGAUGAAAAAAGAGAACAUCCUUGCAGAUUUAGCUUCCCCUUAUUAAGUGGUAAGAAGGCACACAGUUCUCUUAACUCACUUUAACUUAUUUGUCUAUAUCCCUAGUACACUCAAAUUUAUUUUCAUUGGGAUAACGUGUGAAUACAUCUACAUGGUGGGAAAGGG